AAAAUAAAAUAAAAUAUAAAUAGCACCCUAGCUAGUAUUAUAGAGCAUAUAAGUUUGGUUGGAUUGGAAUAUUGGAUUGGAUUAGUCCAUAUAAUUGGCUUAUAAAUUGUUGAUCGCGGAAGGAAAUCGCGGUAGUUAGCGGGGAAUCUGUAAUAAUCAAAUGGAAGAAGAUGAAUAUCCAUAUCCAUAUCCAUGGAAUCAACACUUUUUUGACAACAAAAAUAUUAACAUCCCAAACGCUCAACUUAUACAGGUGUUAGAAGCUCUCAAACAAGCUUCUCAAAACAUACAAACCAAUCCAGAUUCACCAUCCAUAAAACCACUUUUCCAACUCCACACUAUUCUUUCCACCGAUUCAAAUCUCUCCCAACACCUCAACAAACUCAAAACCGUUAUCGACUCGCUCCACAACUCUAAACCGACUCUCCGUUCCUUCCUAACUCGUCCUCUCUCAACUCACUCCAUCUCCAAACUCGCAUCCUCCAUUCAAUCCGAACUUCAAUCAUGGAUCGACCGCGAAACAAUUCAAACCCUAUCAAACACUCUCUCCAAUAAUUAUAACCACCAGCACGAGUUCAUUUCUCUUCUCACUCGUUUUACUCACCGAGUUUCGCAGGGUUUUAACCGCGAGUUACAGCAACUUGUUCUUAAAUUCAAACUCUUCUCUUCACUCGAAUCGAUUCUAUUCGACGCGAAAUGUUCUCACCUUGUUCGCGAACACGCGGGUUUCGCGAUUGCCGCGUUGAUUCGUUUCAACAAGGACGUCUUUGUCGGUGAGGUUUUGAUGAGUCCCACAGUUCAAGCUUUGGUUUCCAUGGCUUCUGUUGGUUCAAUUGAGGUUCUAUGUUCUCUGAUUAGGUCAAUUAGGUCACCGAUCGUAGAUGAAAUUGAAUCAAACGGUGAAAUACCGAAUAUCAUAGUAUUGUUGACUUCAAAGGAUGUGAAAUUGAGUGUAUUGGCGAUGGAGUGUGUUCUUGAAAUUGGGUAUUUUGGAAGGAAGGAAGCGGUUGAGGGUAUGUUGAAAGAGGGUGUAGUGGAGAAGCUUGUUGAGUUGCAGAGAUUGGAAGUGAGUGAGUUGAAGAAAGAAGAAGAACAAGAAAAGUGUGUUAAUGGAGGAAAGAUGAGUCCUUUUGGGAACUGUGUGGCGAAAUUUGCAGUGCAGUUGGAGGUUGGGGAAGGGUUGAGACAGAGAGAGAAAAGGGCUUUUAAGGCUGAAAUAUUGGUUAGAGUUAGAGAAGCUUGUGUUUCUGAUGCUGAAUCUGCUACUAUUGUUGCUGAGGUUUUGUGGGGUACUUCUCCAUAGCUAUAGUAUCUUGUUGGUUAAGUUGUGGUGUGAAUCAAUUAGAUCGUAGCUAUCUAGGAAUAGGGGAUUAAUGAAUUCAUUUGUACUAUGAUGUAAUAAAUGUAAUUAAUACUAGUACUUCCUAGUACUUAACUACUUCAAUUACAUGCAUUUUUGCAGUGUUGUUCAUUUAGGUAUCUUGGAUAAAUUAAUUGUAGGACGUGUUAUUUUGUCAUGUCGAUGAAUACUUGAAAUUCUAUAGA